CUGAAACCAGGAAAUGGAGACAUGUUAUCCUAUCAGUCGUUUCCUUCUUUACAGUGAGGCAGAAACAAAGCUGUGAAGACAUCAGUGAACUGACUCCUAGACGAUGAUAAGGGCAAACCAGUGGCAUCAUGUGGUCUCCACAGCUCAGGAGGACUGUCAGAAUGGCAUCUCUGUUGACCUUUUCCUGCAUGUUUCACUUAUACCUGCUGUAUUGAUCACCGCAGUGCUCUCAUUCCUGCAGAAAAGAGCUCAGAGGCUGACCAUAGACCAGAGGCUUCCCUUCCUGAAGGGACGUUUUGCCAUUGUGGUGCCUUUUGAUACUAUCGGCAGCCUCAGUAACCGCUGGUCAUAUGGGUUUGCGUUUGGUGCCGUGUCGUCCAGCGUUCUGCUGCUCUUUUCUGAACGCUACAUCCCCUUUGUUGUCCCGAACUGGGCCAAAGCCAUAGUGUUUCUGAUUGGAGCUUUAGAGGUGGGCCUGGUCUAUUUCCCUUUCUUUGCCUGUUUGUCCACACCUUUCAGAGUGGCCGGGGCAGUGCUGGGAAUACUCUACUCUCUGGCCUGGAUCACAGUCACAGUUUGGGAUACAUUCACUUGUCCCAAUGGUGAGAUUCUGGGUAAAUACCAGAAGAUCAUCGCUCAGUGGCCCUGCAUCCUCUCUCUUAUCUUCCUGCUCGGACGAUUUCUCUACAUACUGAUUAAAGAUGUCCGCAUACGCCUGCAGCUGGAGCAUGAGGACCCUGAAGAGCUGAUAGGACAGCACCAGAUGCAGCAUGUGAAGAGUCUGCUGAGGAAAGGGCCUGUGCAGAGUAAGUCCCUCAGCUGGUUCCAGAGAAGAGUUUAUGAAUGGGACCCAAACUUCAAGUUCCCCAACAGGAUCCUUGGCACCAUCAUCAUAUCCCUCAUAGGCCUAUACACGUUGACCCUGGCAGAUUACAGUCUCAGCAAUGUGGCUUUUGACCAGGUAGACAGAUAUAAGGACAUGCUGGAAGGCCUGGCUACUUCCUGUAACCAGACUCAAGCUCUGGGAGCCAUGAUACCUCAGCUGGAAGAAUUCGUCAAUGUUGCAAGGAAGUCUUGGCUCGCUACCACCAUCUUUGCUAGCCUCAACUCAGUUGCUUAUACCUUCCACAUCCUGGCAUGUUACAGAAAACACCUGAAGAGACUGUGGAGAGGUCAGAAAGGAUUUUUACCGGAGAGAUUUCACAACCCAAGCUCUGCUGUCAGCGUAGCUUCCAUAGCGAGAUACUCUGGCUGGCAAAUAGCGUUCACACUUUGGGGCUACCUGAUUGUCCAUUUUGUCCACUUUGUGUUUGCCCUGCUGAUCGUCUACGGGCUGGUUCUUCCAGUAGUGCAUGGCCAUGCACUGAGCAUGCUCAAAAACCUGGGGAUUAUUAUUCUGACUAUUGCCCUGGUGAUUGCUCUGGUGAUUCUACAGGUAGUUUUGGUUCAGAUCUUCUUCCUACAGGAUAAACUGUCACCGACUGAUAAAAACAAACCUCUGGCUCUCAACAACAGGAAGGCCUUUGACUGCUUCAACUACUUUUUCUUCUUUUACAAUGUGGUGAUGGGGAUCAGUAACUGCAUACUGAGGUUACUUUUCAGCAUAAUGGUGGGGACAUGGCUGGUGUCACGCAUCGACCGCACCAUUAUGCAGAGAGGAUAUGAAAACAUGGAUGCUGGCUACACUACUUGGAUUGGGAUGAUCUUUGCUGACCACUAUCAUAACAAUCCAGUCAUGGUGUGUUUCUGCCAGCUGCUGGUCUCCAACACACAGGAGAAAUACAUUGCAUCUGCAUACUCCACAUUCAACAACACAUCAUCAGAAACCCUUCUAAAUAGCCCUGCCAGAAGGCGCUGGAUGCUGUUUUACACCUUAAUCAGAAAUCCUCAUCUGAUUCUGCUCAGAAAGCACCACAUCUCUGCAUCUUCAUCAUCACCAACAUCAUCAUCGCCCCAGUCAGAGACAGCGGUUAAUGCUUGGGUCAUGGCAUCCCAAACACAGAGUCGCCCACCUGCAGAGUUAUGCUCACCAGUAGAGAUCCCUUUCCCACCAGCAGAAGACUGCUAAAGAAAAUUUUCCACAUAUUUUUAAAUUCUUGACCACUUGAGCUCAUAACACUUAUAGUUUAUCUGUCCCUGGUGGAUGGAUGUCUGUUUAGACUGUUGAUCACUCUUAUAAAGGCAUUUUUUAGGCGACAUUUAGGUGACUAAAACUCACUGCCAUAGACAAAACUUGAGGAAGAGCACUGUCAAGUUGUAGUCAUUGUGAUCAUUUAUUUUUCAUCUAGGCAUUUAUUCUUUACACAAGGUGCUGUGGAGCCUUGAACAGUCUUAUGAGGUCUUGAACUAGAUUUAGUAAAUUUAAGGUCUUAAAUUGUUUUGAUAAAAGUUUUACUUUUGCUUGUGAUAUGUCUGAAAUUGUAGUUGGCACUUUAACUGAAACAUGAUCUGAUACCUGAUUAAAUCUGCACCAUCUAGUUAGGGGAAUAUGAUUUAUUAUAAUUGUUUGAAGAAAUAUUCAUUAACUAGGCAGUUCACAACAUUUAUUGCAGCACUGUUAGAAUUUUGCCCAGGGCACCAGAAUGACUAUGGCUGGCUCUGAUUGUUGUACAUAAUUUGUAUGUUGCUGUGAGUACAGGAAUUAUUUCUUUUUCCUUUUUGGUUGUCAUUCAAUUUGUAAUCUUAAUUGUGUUGCUUAAAGU